GAAGACAGAUCCGCGCUUCUUUGACCAUACAUAUCAGAACUAGUAGUCCAGGACAUUCAGAAUUACAACCGCACUUACAUCAACGGCUUGAUUGUGCGCGAGAAGAGAUUAUCUUACCGGUGGGAAUGAUCGUUGGUAAAGGUGCAUGUAAUUUACGUUCAAUAGAAGAUACCUUUACAAAAAUUCAUGUCGACAAAGAUUCUUCGACCAUACUCAUCAGAGCUAGCAAUCGGUGGCAUUCGGAGCAAAACCCUCCUUUAAACCAGCGACUUGAUAAUGCGCGGAAGGUUAAAUUGCUAUUAUUGUCACUGCAGAAAUAUUUCAAAAAUAAACAAGAACAGAAUGAGGUAAAGAGGAAUGAGAAUAAACUGGAGAGAGAUAAACCAGGAAAAGAUGCAACGAAAGGAUAUAAGGACGGUUUUGCAAUUGUUGAUACCUGCCUUAGUUGGAAAAGUUCACAACUACCCUUGUUUAUUGGAAAAUCAGGUUCUAAUACAUAUACUGAUCCGACUGAUUACAAUAAAUAUCCAUGCUAUGACUCAAAAUCACUCGGACAGCCUACUUGGAUAAAAUGA